GCAAAAAGCCGACGACAACAUGAUCAAGUUCGUGCUCAUGGUCAACAAGCAAGGCCAGACGCGCCUGGCACAGUACGUCGACUUCCUCCCGAUCGCCGAGCGCGUCGCGCUGGAGGCCGAGAUCAUCCGCAAGUGCUUGGGCCGCAACGAGAACCAGUGCUCGUUCGUCGAGUACCGCGGGUACAAGGUCAUCUACCGCCGGUACGCGUCGCUCUUCUUCAUCGUCGGCGUCAACAACGACGACUCGGACAACGAGCUCGGCGUGCUCGAAUUCAUUCACGCCCUCGUCGAGACGAUGGACAAGUACUUUGAAAGCGUCUGCGAGCUUGAUAUCAUGUUCAACCUCGAGAAGGCCCACUUCAUCUUAGACGAGAUGAUCAUGAAUGGUUGCAUCGUCGAGACCAACAAGGUUUCGAUCCUCAAGCCGAUCCAUCUCAUGGAAAAGUCGUCGUAAGCCACGUGUCCAAGUUACUGUAGUAUAUGACAACAACACGGAGGUUGCGUUGACUGUCGUCGC